UUUUUUGGGGGGGGGGGGGGUGACGGGGGUGCUGAACAUGAUGCUCCUUGGGCGCACAUCGUGCAGCAUCCUCAGCCUGCCGAUGUGCAUCCUGGCCGGCUUGGGCGUGCUCCUGUCGGAGGUGGCGGCGUCCCAGCAGGGGAUCCCUCUGUCGGUUGUAAAACUGUGGGCCUCAGCUUUUGGCGGGGAGAUUAAAUCCAUUUCUGCCAAAUAUUCCGGAUCCCAGCUACUGCAGAAGGAACUGUGGGCUAUCACGGCGCCACGUCCGGGGAGCAACUCUAGCUCCGAGUCCGCCUCCUCUUCGGCCAAAGGGAGCGGCAGGAUGAAAUCUCGGAUCUCCACCGCAUGUCCCGGAGGCUGGGAGGAAGGUGGAACAACCCGAGUGAAUCCACGUAGAUACGGCGAGAGCAUACAGACGGCAUUUAGAAAGCGACUCCAGGCUCAAAACCAGGGACCACCUUGCCCUGAGAAAUACAAGCCACCAGAAAAAUCAGUCAGAGUGGAAGAAAUCGAUGGUGUGAAAUUGGUGAAAAACCUGGCAGUGAAGAUGGAGGAAAUGUUCCGUAAAAAGGCAGAAGCCACCAGGAGGCUCGUGGAGGCUGCAGAAGAGGCACAUCAUCAACAUAAAGAUAAUCCAGACCUGCAGUACGAGUACUUCAACGCCGUGCUGAUCAACGAAGUGGACAACGAGGGCAACAACGUGGAGCUGGGCGGAGAGUUCAUCCUGGAGCCAAACGACCACUUCAACAAUCUGUCAGUCAACCUGAGCCUCAGCGUAGUGCAGGUGCCCACCAACAUGUAUAAUAAAGAUCCGGACAUAGUGAACGGUGUCUACUGGUCUGAAGCCCUGAACAAGGUCUUUGUGGACAAUUUUGAACGGGAUCCCACUCUCAUAUGGCAGUACUUCGGGAGCGCAAAGGGUUUCUUCAGGCAGUACCCCGGAGUGAAGUGGCAUCCAGAUGAAAAUGGGGUCAUAGGCUUCGACUGCAGGAACAGGAAGUGGUACAUUCAGGCUGCAACUUCACCAAAAGAUGUUGUCAUCUUAGUGGAUGUCAGUGGAAGCAUGAAAGGGUUGAGAUUGACCAUUGCCAGGCAAACUGUCUCCUCAAUUUUAGACACACUUGGAGAUGAUGACUUCUUUAACAUUAUCGCAUAUAACCAGAAGAUCCAUUAUGUGGAGCCUUGUUUGAACGGCACUCUGGUGAGGGCGGACAGAACCAAUAAAGAUCAUUUCCGUGAGCAUCUGGACAAGCUCUUUGCCAAAGUUGGACUUCUGGGCCAGGCGCUGACUGAAGCGUUCACAAUCCUAAACGAUUUCAAUCAGACGGGCCACGGGAGUGUGUGCAACCAAGCCGUAAUGCUUGUGACCGACGGGGCGACUGAAAUGUAUGACGAUGUUUUUGAGAAGUACAACUGGCCAGAAAGAAAGGUGCGCAUAUUCCCCUACCUGAUCGGACGGGAGUCUGCCUUUGCAGAUAACCUGAAAUGGAUGGCGUGCGCCAACAAAGGAUAUUUCAGUCAGAUUUCCACAUUAGCGGAUGUUCAAGAGAAUGUGAUGAAGUAUCUGCACGUCAUGAGUCGUCCCAAAGUUAUUGACCAUGAACAUGACACCGUGUGGACCGAGGCUUACGUGGAUAGUGCACUUUCCCAGGCAUACAAGUUAAAUGACAAAGCAGGACCAAGUCUGAUGACCACUGUAGCCAUGCCAGUCUUCAGUACUAAGAAUGAGACGAAGAAUCAGGGUAUUCUGUUGGGGGUCGUCGGAACAGACAUCCCACUGCAGGAGCUGAUGAAGCUCAUUCCCAAACAUAUGUUAGGGAUCCACGGGUAUGCGUUUGCCAUCACAAACAAUGGCUACAUCCUGACGCAUCCGGACCUCAGGCCUUUGUAUCAGGAGGGUCAGAAGAGGAGAAAGCCCAACUACAGCAGCGUGGAUCUCUCCGAGGUGGAGUGGGAGGACAAAGACGACAUUCUCCGCAACGCCAUGGUGAACAGGAGGACCGGAACCUUCUCCAUGGAGGUGAAGAAGACGGUAGAUAGAGGGAGGCGCGUGUUGAAGAUGCACAACGACUAUUACUACACUGAUAUUAAAGGGACUCCGUUCAGUGUCGGAGUCGCUCUUUCCAGAGGCCACGGCAAGUACUUCUUCAGAGGAAACGUGUCAGUUGAAAAAGGGCUCCGUGAUCUGGAACAGCCAGAUGUCGCCCUGGCAGAUGAAUGGACGUAUUGCAACACCGAGGAGGAACACGAGCACCGGCACCUGACGCAGAUUCAAGCUAUUAAGUUCUUCAUGACAGGUCGCAGGCCAAACCUUAAGUGUGACCGAGAGCUGAUCAAGGAAGUGUUAUUUGAUGCUGUUGUAACCGCUCCACUCGAGGCCUACUGGACUGGACUGGCUCUUAACAAGUCCGAGAACUCAGACAAAGGCGUCGAGAUCGCCUUCCUGGGCACGCGCACCGGCCUGUCGAGAACUAACCUGUUUGUAGCUGCUGAUCAGCUCUCCAAUCAAGAUUUCCUGACAGCCGAGGACAAGGAGGGCGUGUUUAAUGCCGAUCACUUUCCCCUGUGGUACAAGAGAGCUGCGGAGCAGGUCCCGGGCACAUUUGUCUACUCCAUCCCCUUCAGCACAGCUCUGGAGAAUAAGAGUGUCGUUUUGGCAAGCACGGCAAUUCAACUCCUCGACGACAGAAAAUCACCAAUUGUUGCAGCUGUAGGACUUCAGAUGAAGCUCGAGUUCUUUCAAAGGAAGUUCUGGACCGCCUGUAGACAGUGUACGGCUCUGGACGGAAAAUGUAGCAUCAGCUGCGAUAGCGAGGACGUCAACUGUUACCUCAUUGACAACAAUGGCUUCAUUCUUGUCACGGAGGAGCACUCACAGACAGGGCUCUUUUUCGGCGAGGUGGAAGGUGCCGUCAUGAACAAACUUCUGCAGAUGGGCUCGUUCAAAAGGAUGACGCUGUACGACUACCAGGCCGUCUGCAGGGAGUUUGCCGGGAGCAGCGACAGCGCGCGCACUUUGUCGGAUCCUUUCACCGUCGUCAAGUGGCUCCUGACCGAGCUCGUCAUUUUUCUGCUGGAAUUUAACCUGUACAGCUGGUGGAAUGUCGACCUUUCCGUUAAAGCUCAGAGAUCUCGGGGGAAGAGCACAAUGGUGCCCUGCGACACAGAAUAUCCCGCCUUCGUCUCCGAGCGCACCAUCAAAGAGACCACCGGAAACAUCGAAUGCGACGGCUGUGUCAGGUCCUUCGUCAUACAGCAGAUUCCGAGCAGCAACCUGUUCAUGGUUGUCGUGGACAACAAGUGCGACUGCAGCAACGCUCCGCCGGUGACCAUGGAUCCCAUCGAGAUCAUGUAUAACGAAUCCCUCAAGUGCGACAGACUGAAGUUUCAGAAGGACAGGAAGAAGCCCGAAUCGUGUCAUCCUUUCCACCCCGAGGAAAAUGCCAUGGAGUGCGGGUCAGCGUCGCGUCUCGCCAGUCCUCUCGCGGCCGCUCUGCUCCCGUUCAUGGCGGCGAGCGUCGGCAGGUGACCGUCGACCGCUAAAGGACUGAACAACAAAAGGCAUAAAAAAAAAAAAAAAAAAACAUAAACACGUAGGCCAGUCGUAUGUUUUCUUCAUAUUCCUGCAGGAAGCGCCUGAGUGAGAGCAACAUUCUAACCGUCAUACUAAGACACGUUCAUGCAUACGUAAAACUAUGGAAGUUUUUGUGGAUGAUGCGGUGAUAAAUAGAAGUUAUUUACGCAAUGGACAACAUUGUGAAGAUUUCUGUUAACAACUUUAUAACAAGAAUGCAGAAACACUAUAAUCAUCUCUUUUUCUUCAUAUAUUUUAGAUUCAUCCAUGUGGAAUAUGUCAAAUAUUGGUGAUACGAGCACUUUAACUUGCUUUAUUCGGGCAUUUUGCCAUUGUUAGACGCUCUAUUGUUGCAUGUGUUUUAACAAUGUCCCAAGAAUGUUACAUAAAUAUGUUCACGUCUGAUCGAAAGCAUCAUGAAUAAAAGACAUAUUUUUCCUUGA